UUGAAGCUCGUGAUCUUGACUUUUAUGGCACUAAAAUAUUUACUCAGCCUGCCGCCACGUGCUCCUCGGAACGUGGCAGUCACUUUUUUUAUAUAUAUAUAUUAGUGAUAUAGCCCAUCAGCCUACUUUUUUGUGAAGGUUGUAACUGUAGCCUACAACCUGCGCAAUACGAAGCCACGCAUCAGUUCAGAUUCAGAUGUAGCCUAUGCCUGCAGCAGCAGGCUGAGCUGAACUUUUUCUUCCGUUCAGUGAACCAAGCGGUACGUACAGUAAUUUCCUGACGUCACUCGGCGGCUUCCGCGCUGUCCUCAGAUCAGCUGUAGCAGAGCAGGGCGACCCGAGCGGCAGCAGAAGCUACGGCCGGUGGUGGUGUUGGUGUCGGAACCGAGGACGCAAAUUAAACCCACGCACAGCCGCUCGAGUGUGGAUAAGGAAGGUCUUAAAGGACUGAGUGAAAUGUCUUUGCUGAAAGUUUCCGCUGAGUGGUAGCGAUCCAGCAUGUAGCAGAGGUGAACGAGCACCUUCACGCCUGGGAACAAUCCGACAACAUAAUGGGGAAUUCAUAUGCCGGGCAGCUCAAGUCUGCUCGAUUUGAAGAGGCUCUCCAUAACUCUAUUGAGGCAUCACUGCGCUCAAGCAGUGGAGAUCCGCAGCCCAUCUUCACACAGCUCUAUCUUGAGCCAGAGCCGUAUCCUGGUAACAUGGAAGACAUGAAGUCCAAAGCCGACCUCCAUGGUAGGGAGCCGCCAGGUCACGAGCUCAUGAACGGCCACUCUUCCAACGAUCUGGAGGAGCUGGAGGACGAUGAUGACUCGGACAGCAGCAGCCCCCCGCUUCCCUACCUGCAGGCGCCUGCACCCGACGGCUGCUGCACAGUGGACGGGUUCUGUCAGGCCGGCAAGGACCUCCGCCUGGUCUCCAUGGCAACAGAGCCCAUCGAAGUCCCAGCAGGCUUCGAGCUGGUGGGCGCCAAGUCCCCUAGCGUCCCCGAGCACAUCCUGGUGUGUGCUGUGGACCGUCGCUUUUUGCCCGAUGAGAACGGGAAAAAUGCACUUUUAGGUUUUUCAGGCAACUGUGUGGGCUGUGGUGAAAAGGGUUUCCGAUACUUCACUGAAUUCUCGAACCACAUCAACCUGAAGUUGUCCACCCAGCCCAAGAAGCAGAAGCACUUAAAGUACCACCUGGUGAAGAAUUCUCAGGGUGCUCUGUGCAAAGGACCCCUCAUCUGCUGGAAAGACUGUAAAACCCGUCAGUUCUCCAGCAGCGCGUCAACAUCCAAACCCAGUUCGUCGUCCUCCCUCAGCAGUAAAGAAAACGGCGGCAACAGCGGACACAGCUCCUCUCCCUUUUCCCUCUCAGAUUCUCCGCCCACCAGGAUGACGCAGGCAUCCUCUGUGUUUUUCGGGAGUCAGGACCUCAGCAGAGACUGCAGUUUCCUCAAACCUCUGGCCUCCACACCUGGAAACAAGACUCUGCCAAUAGUACCCAUGGCUCUGAGGGUGAACGGGCCGACUAGUGGUCUGGGUGCUGAUGGGCGUCCUCCCUUACUGAGCCCCUCCCAGGUCUCAUUAGGACCUCAAGGUCAGGGGUAUCGCACUGCUGACUUAGGGGACAGUCCUGUAUCCUCUGCCAUGAACUCGGGGCCUCCAAAGAAGCGGCACCGGAGCUGGCAUCCUAACUCGUUGGUACCCGUCCCGCCGACAGCUGUCCCUGUGCCGGCCAUUAGGCCGAUAGUUUGUUCUCCAGGUUCAGCAUUAGGAGUGUCCUCUCCUCAGCCACCUGUAGCAGGGGUCAUUCAGCCCCAACCUGUCACAGCUGGAGAGACGGUCAUUGUCCCUGACAACCUGCUCAACUCUUCAGGAGUUCGCCCUGUCAUCCUCAUCGGGCAUGGCACUUUACCUUAUUUCUAUGGGAAUGUUGGGGAUAUAGUGGUGAGUCCCCUGCUGGUCAGCUGCUAUAAGACCAGUCAGCUGACAGAGAAAACUCUGGAGACGUUGGGCCUGAACAGCAGCCAGCUUCUCUGCGUGGAGACGAUGAUUCUGCUCACUUUACAGUAUCUUGCACGUUUAGGCUCAGUGCAGAUUCCCCUGAGGGAGGAGCUGGAGCAGAUUGUUUUGAAAGCCAUGCUAUGCUGUCCCGGCAGUCCUGCCAUCUCCCCAUCCCAGUUGCCCUGGUUGGCUCGGCUGGAGGCCAGCGUCUCUGGGGGCACCGUCCAAGUCGUGGUUACCCAUAACUCUCUGGGAGAAGGCAUCUCUGAGUCGCUACGCUCUCUCAGUGAAGGUCAUCACCAGCAGCAGUGCCUGCCCACCUAUGUAGUCAUUAUAUGUGCCUCUAAAAUGAACGGCAACGAGUUCUGUGUACUUGUUUUGGGAAAGUACCAAGCCCGGGCCUUAGCUGAAGGCAUGCUUACAACCAAUGAGUUUCUGAAGGAAAUCAGCUACGAGCUCAUCACAGGGAAAGUCAGCAUCUUAGCGUCUCACUUCAAAACCACAUCACUUGGGGACAAUCUGGACAAGCAGCUGGUGCGAUACCAGCGCAGACGGAAGGGGCAGGUCAUCCAGCCCUUUCAGGGCGAUGUCACUGACUACAUCCACUCACAGGAGGCUGCCAGCCUGUCACCACCCUCAGACAGAGCAGAGCUGCUAAGUAAAGUCUUUCAGAUCUAUCCGACCCAGCUGAGUGUUGCUCGAAGCCUCCUCUCUCAAGUUUGCUCCAUCGCUGACUCAGGGACGCAGAAUCUUGAUUUGGGGCGUUUUUGUAAAGUGGAUUUUCUUGUUUUGGUCCCUCCAUCUCAUAUUCUGGUACACCAGACAGCACAACGGAUCCGACAAUCAGGUGUGCUUGUGGACCUGGGAAUUGAAGACGUCUCCUCAGCCCACCAGAAAUCAGACAAGUACGUUGUGCGUUUGGAUGGUGACGUUCACAUCAAGAUGGAAGCCUUCAUGAAGAAAGUUAAACAGAACCCCUACACCCUGUUUGUCCUCAUUCACGACAACUCACACGUCGACCUCACAAGUGCUCUGUCAGGCUCUGUGUGCCACGGGGAGCUGCAGGGGUUGGCUGACCGGGUGGUGAACUGCCAGGAAGUUCUGGAUGCCAUGAACCUCCUGGUCCUGCAGGUCAGCUGCUUCCCAUACACACUGCAGACCCGCCAGUCCCGCAUCAGCAUCCACAACGAAGUUCACUGGCCCUCCAAUGAAAGCCUGCAGAGGGAGCAGUCUCCUAAUGAUUUGGUGUACUUCGGCCUGCGGGACUACAGCAGCUCCCUGCAGUGGGGCGUGGCAAGCCCCAUUCUGCGCUGUGAUGACGCGUUUGAGAAGAUGGUCCACACUCUGCUCGAAAGGCAUCCACACCUGCACAGCAUGGUGAUCCGCAGCUAUCUGCUGAUUCAGCAGUACACCGAGGCCAUGAUGGCACUGACCUCCUCCCCAUCCCUGAGAGAUCACAUAACCCCAGAGACUCUGGCCAUGGUGGAGGACCUGAUCAACGCCCCAAACAGAGAGGGCUCCCAGGGCCGAGGCCACAUGCUGCUGGUUCGAGUCCCCUCGCUACAGCUGGCAAUGCUGGCCCGAGAGCGAUUAGAGGACGUGAGGGACAAACUGGGGCUUCAGUUGUGCUUUGCUGUGCUGCUGGGAAGCCCUGCCACUGAGCUCAGCCUGCCUUUAAACUUCACCAGCCGCCUCAGGGCGUGGAGAGGCUGUGAGAAUGAUGACUGGGUACCACACACUUAUGAGGAUCUGGAAGGACUGCCCUGCAUCGUCAUCCUUACUGGGAAAGACCCUCUUGGAGAAACUUUCCCCAGGUCUUUGAAAUACAGUGACCUGCGUCUGAUAGACUCCAGCUACCUGACUCGUACAGCUCUGGAGCAGGAAGUAGGCCUCGCCUGCACCUAUGUGUCCAUGGGUGUGGUCCAGGAGCCCACGAAGGUCACGGUCCCUCAGGAAUCUGACGGAGAGAAGGCCGCCACCAGCUUAAAUGAUGGAGAUGAGCUGGAAAGACCACAGAGCAAUGGUAGUGCUGCAACCAGAACCUCUGGCUCUUUGGCAGAGAACGGUGUCAGUUCAUCUGACGUUCCCGACUGUCUCCAGAAGCCCUCCACCUCCACCUGUCCACCUGAAGGCGCUGUUACCUCGGACAUGGGCACAUUAACACAGGGGUUCAAGCAGGAGUGCGACUCCCUGGGAAGCCAGCUCUCCUCCAACCCCUCUAAAGCCUCCAGGGCUCCUCCUUCUGUUUACUCUAGUUCAUCCUCCUCCUCCCCUUCUCCGUCUUCUUCUUCCACCCAGAGGCCCAGUCAGUCCACACAGUGUGGUCGAGAACCUAAGCCCACUCGGGUGUCCCCGCGGACAGUCAUCAUGUCACGGGCUGCUUACAGUCUGCUGGCAGGGGAGUCGGGGAGUCAGCUGAGCUCCUUCUCCCUUCUGCCUCAUGCAGAUGUGGCCUGGAGCAGCCCGCUGAGGCCCCUUAUCACUCCCAACCUGCAGGGGGCAGAGCAGAGCACGUACUAUCGUCAGUGGACCAUCGCCAGGCAGCAUCAUGCUGAUUAUGAAGCUCCACCUGUGCCACAUCCACGACGCCUGCUGCUCAGUGGACCACCACAGGUGGGGAAGACUGGCGCCUAUUUGCAGUUUCUUCGUAUCCUGUUUCGCAUGCUCAUCAGACUGCUGGAGGUAGAUGUGUAUGACGAGGAAGAGGAGGAGGAGGAGAAAGAAGAAACAUCAAAGGCUCCAGUAAAUACCCAGUGGCCUGACAUUGAGGAAAUUCGAAAGCUGCCCUUUGACCCCUACCCCCGGGACCCUAAGUUCAGGAAGGCCAGCCCUGUUUACACUGACAAGAUGCCAAAGAGCUUAAAAGGGUUUAAGAAGGAAGGGGAGAGCCAAACACCAGGCAAACGAGAAACCAAGUCCAUUCGUCUGAGCAGGUUCGCCGCUCACAAUGCCUUUCAUCACUGUGAACAGUGUCACCACUACUGUGAAGCAGGCCCUGCCUCACAGCUGUCAGAGUGUACCUUCCAUGCUUUCACCUUCUGCUCGUCCAUGUUGGGGGAGGAGGUCCAGCUCCAGUUUGUCAUUCCCAAAGCCAAGGAGCAGCACUUUGUCUUCAGUCAGGAAGGGAGCCACUUGGAGAGCAUGCGCUUGCCUCUGGUCUCCACCAAGGACCCUGCACUGUUAAAGAGUCCAAUCUUCACCCCGACGACAGGGCGCCAAGAGCACGGCCUGCUUAACAUUUUCCAUGCCAUGGAGGGCGCCGCUCACCUGCACAUUCUAGUGGUCAAGCAAUUCGAGAUGCCACAUUACAGGAAGUACUGGCCCAACCAUAUCCUGCUCGUCCUCCCCGCUAUGUUCAACCACGCGGGGAUUGGUGCUGCCCGCUUCUUGAUCAAAGAGCUGUCAUACCAUAACCUGGAGCUGGAGAGAAACCGACUGGAGGAGCAAGGCGUCAAGAGGCAAGAUGUAUGGCCUUUCAUUGUCAUGAUGGACGACUCCUGUGUGCUGUGGAACAGCCACAAGCCUGCAGACGACAGUGACACAUCAGACAGAGGUUCAGCCCCCACCAAUGUGUCUCUGAAGAUGGUGCUGCAGCAUAUGGAAACCACGCCGAAGAUCUCCCUUUACGCAAUGUGCGGUAUGCGCAAGUGGAACAGCAACAUGGCUCGCAAGUCUCCCAGCCAGCCCUUCAGCCGCUGCCACCUCCACGACUUUGCCAUGCUUAAUGUGGAUCUGACGCAGAACGUUCAGUAUGACCUUAACCGGUACAGCUGUGAGGAGGUGGACUUUAAUCUUAGGGUGAACAGCAGUGGGCUCCUGCUGUGUCGCUUCAACUACUUCAGCUUCAUGAAGAAACACAUUCCAGUUGGGGGAAACAAAGAUUUCCUGGUCAAACCUAAACUUGUGGAAAUAGAAAACCCUGCCCCAAUUAGCCCAUCGCAGUAUGUCUGUGCCCCAGACAGCGAGCAGACCCUGCUGGAUGCCCCAGCCCAGUUUCUACUCGAAAGGUUCCUGCAAAGCUGCAGCCACAGGCUCUUUCCUAAGGCUGUUCAAAACAGAAACAGCCCAGUUUUGUCAAUCGACAGCUACCUCAACAUCAGCCCCGAGAUUUCUGUGUGCUACAUCAACUCUCGCCCACACUCCACCAACCUGAACCACCAGGGCCUGCUGUUCAGCGGCCUGCUGCUUUAUCUCUGUGACUCCUUCGUCGUCUCUGGACUCCUCAAGAAAUUCCGCUUCCUCAAAGGUGCCACUCUCUGUGUGAUCAGUCAGGACCGAAGUUCUCUGCGUCAGACCAUUGUCCGUCUGGAACUGGAGGACGAGUGGCAGUUCCGCCUGCGGGACGAGUUUCAGACAGCCAACUGCAGCGAGGACCGGCCUCUCUACUUUCUCACUGGCCGCCAUGUUUGAUUCUGAAACAUCCUGGGUCCGUU